GGAGACGCUCUGAGUUUGACCCUCCUCCGCCACCGUAGGUGCUUUAGGCCGGAAACAUGGCGGCUGUCGCUUUGGUUAGCCGUCCUGUGAACGUCCUUCCCAGGAUUUCCAGUGCCUGCUCCCCUGUGGUGCUGGCAGCUGGGCCUGUUGCAGUUCAGCACAGGCAGAUCCACCAUGCCCUGAUACCCAAGGGCAAAGGGGGGCGCUCCUCAUCCAGCGGAAUAGCAGCCACUGUGUUUGGGGCCACUGGCUUCCUGGGCCGAUAUGUGGUCAAUCGACUGGGGCGAAUUGGCUCUCAGGUAGUGAUCCCUCACCGGUGCGACCAGUAUGAUAUCAUGUACCUCAGACCCAUGGGCGAUCUCGGCCAGAUCAUCUUUAUGGAAUGGGAUGCAAGGGAUAAAGAAUCAAUCAAAAGAGCAAUAGCUCACUCCAAUGUUGUAAUCAAUCUGGUGGGAAGAGAGUGGGAGACCAGCAACUAUAAGUUUGAGGAUGUGUUUGUCACCGUCCCUCAGCAAAUUGCAAAGGCAUCGCGUGAAGCUGGAGUCACAAAGUUUAUCCACAUGUCCCACCUAAAUGCAGACAUCCGCAGCCCCUCGAAAUACCUGAGAAAUAAGGCUGUUGGAGAGAUAGCUGUGAGAGACGAAUUCCCAGAUGCCAUCAUCAUGAAGCCGUCAGAGUUCUUUGGAAGAGAAGAUCGUUUUUUCAACCACUUUGCUAAUAUGCGCUGGUUCGGUAAGGCUGUUCCUCUUAUAGCAAUGGGCAAGAAAACAGUCAAACAGCCUUGUCAUGUGGUGGAUGUGGCUAAGGCCAUUGUCAACGCCAUCAAAGAUCCUGAUGCCAAUGGCAAAACAUACGCAUUAGUUGGGCCCAACCGAUACCUACUGCAUGACCUGGUGGAGUAUGUGUACGCUCUAGCCUGGAGACCUUUUGUGGCUUACCCAAUGCCACGCCCACUCUAUCAUCUUGCCGCCAGGUUCUUUGAGAUAAAUCCGUUUGAGCCCUGGACAACUCGCGACAAAGUUGACCGGUUCCACACCACAGACAUGAAGUAUCCUGGCCUACCGGGCUUUGAGGAUCUGGGUAUCACACCUUCCUCCGUGGAGCAGAAAGCCAUUGAGGUCUUGCGUCGCCAUCGCCGCUUCCGUUUCUUGGAGGCCGAGCUGGGGGAGACCAAACCUGCCAAAACAGUCACCUACUGAGCAGUCCACGAGCGAUGGUCUCUCACUCCUCCUCAUGUGCUGUCUUGUUUGAAUAUGACUCUGUACAUAAAUACACAAAUAAAUAAUGUCCAACCUACA